AUUAUUUUGAAAAGUCCCCCCGCCUCCCCAUAGUGACGCAAAGAGUGGUUGGUUUCACACUGCUGUCGGAGGGAAGCGUGUGUGGACAGACUUUUCUAUUUUGUACAUACAUUAUUUUGUAUAUACUGUGUAUAAUGACUUCAGUGGUCAGCGAUCAAGGCCGGGGAAAUAAGGACCGAGCGCAACCCCAGACUACACAAACCACACAACCACAGAAACAGAUACAGGCCACAGCAGAACAGAUUCGCCUGGCCCAGGUGAUAUAUGACAAAAAUGACGCAGACUUUGAAGGGAAAGUCAAACAGCUGAUUGAGGUCACAGGGAGAACCCAGGAUGAGUGUAUGGUGGCCCUUCAUGAUUGUAACGAGGAUGUAAACAGAGCCAUUAAUUUCCUCCUGGAGGGGGCGGCCGACAAAAGCUCUUGGGAGACAGUGGGAAAGAAAAAGAGCGUUGGAAAAGAAGGGAUAACAGCGGAGAAUAAGGAGAAUCGGGAGAAGAGAGGAGAGAGGGAGGCGGGGCGGGGCCGCGGGGGUCCUAACAGAAGAGGUCGGGGAGCCAGCCGUGCCCAGGAAGCGCGGUCGGAGGAGAACGGCUUUGACUCCGCCCCUGGCGAGAGAGGGGCAGAGCGUGGACGCAGGGGCCGUGGCAAAGGGUCAGUGGGUCGUGGCAGAGGAAGAGGAGCUGGGGUCAAUAGGCCGUCACAGGGAAUUGGGACCUUUAACCCUGCGGAAUACGCUGGCCCGUCUGGGCCCGAAACUGCAGAGGCAGCUCUGAACGGCACCGACGGAACCGGAAUGGCCUGGCAGAACAGCGUGGAGGAGUGGGCCGCGGAGGACUGGACCGAUCUUUCUGAGAGCAAAGUCUUCACCUCCUCUUUCGCGCUGGCCAACAAAAACCACACGCCGUCAGCACACGGUGUGGAUUUGGUUCCUUUGUUGCCCAAAGCGGGAGCAGGAGAGGAGGGGGACCUGGGGGACCUGGAGCCCUCUUACCCCGCGGCUUUGGGGCAGAGCCUGGUUUUCACCAACUCCCAGCAGCUCAACGGACGCCCGUCUGCCGCCAUGCCCACCCACAGCUACGCCCACGCCGCGGCUAACAGCUACGCCCAGGCCGCUGCCGGGGCAUCCUAUGCACACGCUGCCUCGUCCUCUGGUUUCGGUUCCAGUUCUGGGGGUACGAAUGGGUCCAAGCCCGUCCAGUCCGAGCUUCAGAGAACAGAGGCGCUGAACGGGUCGCGGCUCGCCGCUCUGCCCGGCCAGGCGGCCGCCGUCGCCAGGGGCAACGGCGGGGCGGCGGCAGGGGAGCCCAGCGGCUCCGCUGCCCCGGCACCCGCCCCCGUGACCUUGCCUCCCGAGCCCAAGACCGAGAGCACCGUGACACCCCCGCAGCAGUUGGAUCUGAAAGCCCAGCCGGAACCGUCUGUGAUCCUGAGCCAGCUGGUCCAGCAGCAGAUCCCCACGGCCCAAACGGACCUGCAGGCCCAGGCCCGAGAACCCAGCCCCCCCGUCCAGCCCUCCCUGCCCCCACCUCGAGAUGGACCCUCCCCUGCUAAACCCAACCCUGAAGCCCCCCCAGCAGAGGCCGCCCAGCACAGACAGAUCAGAACACAGAGAAGGAAAGUUCCUCCUCCCUCGAAGAUUCCCUCUUCAGCUGUCGAGAUGCCGGGAUCGGUCGACGCUUCGGUUCUGAACGUGCAGUUCGGAGCUCUGGACUUUGGUUCCGAGUCAGCGAUGGAGAACCUGGGCCAGGCAGAAACCAGUACCAGCUCCGAGUCCUCUCCUGCUCCCCCUCCCCCCCAGAGCAGCCUGUUCUCCAAACCAAACACUGGAAGUGAGUCUGUAAGUAGCUUACCCCCAUCCCUGCCCCCGGCUGUGACGGACCCACGGUACCCCUCCCCCUCGCUGGGCCUCCCCACUGCUACUGGACCCGGCUCUUCCGCGGCCAACAGAACCGAGACCACGGGCCCCAGAGCCGCCUCCAACAUCCCCCUGUCACAGAACCAGGACUCUGGUCCAGGCCCUCUGAGCAAUGGCUUCAGUGAUGUCAGGACAGCAACCACACAAGACACUCCAAAGCCUGAACCUGCUCCACUGCCCAGUGAGAGCAGUUUGACCUCCUCAGCCUCCACUGCGCCCCCUGCAGUCCAAAGCGCUGCUCUACCCUCCCUCAGCAGUACACACUCAUUAGGAUCUGCUGUCUCCACAAGCUCCUCUCUGACUGCGUCCGCUGAAGGCAGUGUUAGUCUGUCGGCGUCUGCGGUCAGUGCCAGCAACGCUGCAGUCAGUGCCACCAACAACCUGUCUGUCACCGGUGCACCGGGCCUGAUCGCCAACGCUACGUCAGCUCCCUCCGCCAGCCGCACGGCUCCUCUCCUCACCGCCACCUCCGGCAAAGCUCCUCCGAACCUGCCCCAGGGUGUUCCCCCUCUCCUGCCCAACCAGUACAUCAUGGGCCCAGGAGGUCUGCUGCCUGCUUACCCACAGAUCUACGGCUAUGAGGAUCUACAGAUGAUGCAGUCUCGCCUCCCUAUGGAUUAUUAUGGAGUCACGUUCCCUGGAACGACAGCAGCACUCGCGGGCAGAGACGGAGGCCUAGCUAACAACCCGUACGCAGCGAAGCCACCAAAUUCGGAAGGAACGACUCGACGUCCCCGGCGCCCCCGACCAGCCUGUCCACCGUUCCCCCGUCCCAGGCCCAGCAGCAGGCCCCGCAGAGCCAGGCCCAGCAGAACCAAGCCCCGGGUCAGAGCCAGCAGAACCAGAGCCAAGCCUUCAUCAGCCCUCCCCUACCCCCUGGCUACGGCUACACGAGCAUGCCUUACUACGCUGGAGUACCAGGGGUCCCCAGUGCCUUUCAGUACGGCCCGACAGUCUUCAUGCCCCCUGCCUCCACCAAACAGCACGCGCUGGGCCUGGGAAACCCCUCCAACCAGUACCAGCACCAGCCUGGGUACGGUCAGCACACCUACGGCUCAGGCUUUGACGAGGCUGGUGCCGACUACGGAAAAGCAGGAUACGGAAGCGGCUCCCAGUCCCAGGCCAAGUCGGCCGGCGGCGGUGCCGGGAAAGCCCCAGGCCUGUCCGGAUCGGCCGGAACCGGAGGGGUUCCGGACCUCAGCGCUUCUGUGUACAGCAAGACUCAGUCUUUUGACAAGCAGGGUUUCCCCACUGCCACGCCCCCUCCUUUCAGCCUGCCGUCUGCCCUGGGGGGCACUGGACCGCUUAACCCUGGGGGAGCCCCUGGCUAUGGCCCUGCCCCUUUCCUCCACAUCUUACCCCCCCAUCAGCAGCCGCACUCACAGAUGCUACAUCACCAUCUCGCCCAGGAUGGACAGGUACACGUCCACCAGGGCGUCCCAGGUCAGCGCAGCCAGUCCAGCAGCAUGCAGAAAUCCCAAGGCAACAAGUCCAGUUACAGCAGCUCCCCCUACUGGACAAACUGAAGAAGCCUGACGAGGAAGAGGGGGGUUGGCGAGAGGGAGGGGGCACGGUUUUAGGAGCGGGGGG